GAUAGUUUCACUCGCCGACAGCAGAGGGAGAGAGCGAGAGAAAGAGAGAGAAAUGGCGCCUCGGUGCUCUAGCUGAGACUGUCUCAGUACGAGGGAACUGACAGAGCUGAGGAGAUUCCAGACGCUAGGAAAACCAUGGUGAACACGAGAAAGAGCUCCCAGGACAAGCCAUGCAGUCCUUUCAUCUCUGGCCGGACGAGGUCUUCUCUUAGGAACAAUCCAAAGAUCCAUAAGGAUCCCAGCAGUGAUGUCAGCUCCGGCAGCCCACGCUUGUCACCCCCAUCUAAGAGAACACGCAGACAGACACCACCUAGCUCCAGUGACACUUCCCCCAGUCCCCAGAGCAAAGGGCAGAGAGUCACAUGGAAUAUCAACAAACACUGCACCAGGUUGUCUACUGGAGCUUUGCAAAAUGGACACAGCCGCAUGACUUUGCGGGGAGAUGACAGUACAGAUGGGGAUGAUGCUCACAUAAAUGGCCAUGCUGGGCUGAAGAGGAGCUGCCGAUCUCGGAAGAGCCGGUUUGAACACCUUAACCAGAGCCUACUGUUUGACCAGCUAGUCAACAGUACUGCAGAGGCAGUUCUUCAGGAGAUGGACAACAUCAGCAGCAUACGACAGAAUCGGGAAGUGGAGCGUCUACGUAUGUGGACAGACACAGAACUGGAAAAUAUGGACAUGUACUCUCGUGUGAAGAGACGAAAAGCAAUGAGAAGGAAUACAUUUGGAAUGCAGACGCACCAUAAAGUUUUGAGUAAAUCCGAGGCACCUGUGGAGGAAGAAGAAGGAACUGAGGAAUCUCAUGAGGAAGAAGAAGAGGAUGAUGAAGGGGAGGAUGAUGACGAUGACGAAGGAGAUGAAGCAGAGGAAGCAGGAGAGGAGAAUGACAGACCUUACAACCUCAGGCAACGCAAAACUGUACAGCGAUAUGAGGCACCACCCAUUGAGCCAGUGAACAGGAAACAAAGCAAGAACUCACUGUUUGAUACACACAGGUCACCUGCAAGAAGAAGCCAUAUUAGAAUAAAGAAGCAUGCCAUCCACAGUAGUGACACAACGUCGUCCUCAGAUGAGGAGCGCUUUGAGAGGAGAAAAAGUAAAAGCAUGACACGUGCUCGGAACAGAUGUCUGCCUAUGAACUUGCGAGCGGAGGACCUGGCCAGUGGAGUGCUUCGGGAUCGCGCUAAAGUUGGUGCUAGUUUAGCUGACGUGGAUCCCAUGAAUCUGGACACCUCUGUGAAAUUUGACAAUGUGGGAGGUCUUGCAGAUCACAUUAAAUCUCUCAAGGAAAUGGUUGUGUUCCCACUUCUUUACCCUGAAGUGUUUGAAAAGUUCAAGAUCCAGCCUCCAAGGGGUUGCUUGUUCUAUGGCCCUCCGGGCACAGGGAAGACUUUGGUGGCGCGGGCGCUGGCUAAUGAGUGCAGUCAGGGGGACAAGAAAGUGUCCUUCUUCAUGCGUAAGGGUGCUGAUUGCCUCAGCAAAUGGGUGGGGGAGUCAGAACGACAGCUCCGCCUUCUCUUUGACCAGGCAUACCUCAUGAGACCUUCUAUCAUCUUUUUUGAUGAGAUUGAUGGCCUUGCACCUGUUCGUUCUAGCAGACAGGAUCAGAUCCACAGCUCCAUAGUUUCCACGUUGCUGGCUUUAAUGGAUGGUUUGGACAGUCGGGGGGAGAUAGUGGUCAUUGGUGCUACAAACAGACUUGACUCUAUCGACCCUGCACUCAGGAGGCCUGGCCGCUUUGACCGGGAAUUUCUGUUCAACCUGCCAGACAAAAAGGCCCGAAAGCACAUUCUAAAAAUCCACACCAGGGAUUGGAGUCCAGGUCUAGCUGAGUCCUUUGUGGACGAGUUGGCAGAAAGAUGUGUCGGCUACUGCGGUGCCGAUAUCAAAGCACUUUGUACAGAGGCUGCGCUGGCAGCAUUGCGGCGGCGCUAUCCUCAGAUCUACGGCAGCAGCCAGCGCUACAAACUGGAUGUGGGUUCCAUCGAACUCGGGCCACAGGACUUUGGCCGCGCCCUGCGUUCCAUCGUACCUGCGGCUCAGAGAGCCCUGGCCCCGCCGGGACGAGCGCUGUCCUGCGCGCUGCAGCCCCUCCUGGAGCGAUCCCUGGCCCACGCACUCGACUGCCUGCUUCGAGUCUUCCCCCACGCACAGCUCCAACACAAGGAACAUGUACACGACACUGACAAUCAGCUGCUUGAGGAGGACUCUUACAGUGAGGGUGAGGACAGGGCUGGUACUCAGUCCAUUUAUGAUGCUAAUCCAGGAUCCCCAAAGAAAUCAGACUCCUCCACAGCAUAUAAACCCUUUCUACAUUUUACCACGUCUGCCUACCAGCAGCCCACCUCAUACCGGCCGCGGCUGCUUCUGACAGGGCCUCAGGGUUCAGGCCAGAGCACGCACCUGGCUCCUGCCCUGCUGCAUCACCUUGACAAGUUCACUGUGCACCGGCUCGACCUGCCCACCCUCUACUCAGUCAGUGCCAAGACCCCGGAGGAGUCCUGCGCUCAGGUGUUUCGGGAGGCGCAGCGGAGCAUGCCCAGUGUUGUCUACAUGCCCCACAUUAGUGACUGGUGGGAGGCCAUCAGUGACACAGUGAAGAGCACCUUCCUCACGCUUUUACAGGACGUUCCCUCCUUUACUCCACUCCUCAUCCUCGCCACAGCAGAGAGCAGAUACCAGCAGCUACCAGAGGAGGUGAAAUGUAUCUUCAGUCGCUCAUAUGGAGAGGUGGUGUGUCUACAAACACCAGGGGAGGAGGACCGCAGAAAGUUUUUCACUGACCUCAUACUGGUGCAGGCAGCCAGGCCGCCACCCCGCCGGAGGAAAAAAGUGUGUGAUUAUGAGGUGCUGCCCCUGGCGGAGGACCCCGGUCCUCGGCAGUUGUCUCCAGUGGAGCAGAGGCGACUUGAGGAGCAGGAGGAAAAUACCCUGCGUGAGCUCCGACUCUUUCUCAGGGACGUCACCAAGCGGCUGGCCACGGACAAGCGCUUCCAGAUUUUCAGCAAGCCUGUGGAUAUUGAGGAGGUAUCAGAUUAUCUUGAGGUGAUCAGAGAGCCCAUGGACUUGUCCACUAUCAUGACGAAGAUUGACACUUACAAAUACAUAACUGCCAAGGAUUUUCUGAAGGACCUUGACCUCAUCUGCAGUAAUGCACUGGAGUACAAUCCAGACAAGGAUCCGGGAGAUAAAAUUAUUCGGCACAGAGCGUGCAGCCUGAAGGACACGGCCCAUGCGAUGAUUGCUUCCGAGCUGGACCCAGAGUUUGACCGCACGUGUAAAGAGAUCGAAGAGUCCCGCAGGAAAAGAGAACUGGAGACCCCGCUUCAGCAAGCACCUGCUCCAGCUGCCACGGCAGGCAAGAGGCCUGCAGGAGACGAGACCACCGGGAGCACCUCUCAGGGCGAUGGAGUGGACAAGCACUGCAGCAAUAGCAGCGUAAAGCGCAAGACUCGCCGCCGACCAGUCUGGGAGCGGGGAAUCAUUAGGAAGAAGAAGAUCAGCAAGAAGGAGGAGGCAGAAGAAGAUGAGGAGCCUGAGGACGAAGAGGGAGCCGACGACUCGGCUUGUGCCGACCAGGGUGACACCAGUCUGGUUCAGGACGAGUCCUCCAGUGACACCAUGGAGCCCCAAGCCGAUAAACCCGUUCCCCAGCCCAACGGAUACACCCUGUCCACUGAGGAGGAGAGCUCUAAUGAACCCACUGUAACUCCAGAUUCUGGAGACGUGGUGGAUAAGGUGAAGACAUCUACCUCUACAGAACCUCCUCCUGAAGAGGAGAAAGAGGCAUCUGUGGUCUCUGCCCCUCAGGAGUGUGUGAACGGAGACGAGUCCAUGGACAGUAUAGACAGCGAGGCCAAUGAGAAAGAAGCAGAGAAAGACGGGAAGGAGGAGGAAGCUCCUUCUAAAGCAGGUGCAGAGGAUGGAGCUGUUGAGGCUGUCGAGGAAAGCAAGGCAAAGGAGUGUAUGCAAGCAGAAGCAGCAUCAUCAUCAGCAGCAGCAGCAGCAGAAGGAACAUCUAGUGAUGGAGAUCAUGAGAAAGGUACCUCUAAAGGGAAAAAGUGCCAGAAGAGCCAGUCAGAGCAGCAGAAGGGGGCUGUUGUAGACAGGCCAGAGGAUCCCCCACAGCCCCCACCUCCACCUGCUUUAGUUGUGGACCACCAGAAGCUUGAGGCUCUACUGGAUCAGGUAGUGGUGAAGAGUGAGGGCUACAGUGUGGAUCAGUUGGAAAGGCUCUACUCUUUGCUCAGCCAGUGCAUCUAUCAGCACCGCAGGGAUUACGACAAGACCCACUUGAUUGAGGAGAUGGAGAGACAAGUCCAGCAUUUCAAAACAUUCCUGUGACGAGUGGAGGGCUUUCAGCAGCGUUUGUAAUCAGAGACUCCUGUGAUACAUGAGGGAGACCAACCUACCGAACAAAGCCCUAAUAGUGGAGCCGAGCAGGUUCAGUCUUUAAACGAGAUCGGGGGGGGGAAGAGGAGACUUUUUACAAAGACUUACAGUGGCAACCUUGGUGCUAUUGUCUCAGGUACCUGGACAGAACCAGUCUACAGAACCAAACACAACUCAAGACUCACGUAGGUUUCAGUUUUUACAAACAUAUAUGCCAAUUUGUAACGGGCGUUUCUGGUGCUAUUGGGUGCUAUUGUUUAUCCAUUUGCUGCUCCUUUCCUUAAAAAAUUGAGAAAAAGAAAAGAAAACAAAAAAAGUAAAAGGAAAAGAAAAAAAGAUUGUGAUGUCACUUAAAAAAAAAACAAAAACAAUAAACUCAGCCUUCUUUGUCAGGAAGAGAUCACACACAGCAACACACACAGGCACAAAUUCUCACCAGCAGUGGCAAAGCAUGUGAAAGAGGUGUGACGCCAAGAGAGUGCGUUUGUUCUUCACUGUGGAAACAAACUGCAUCCCUCACCUAUGCCCACCAUCUCGAUGCAUCUCUGUGUCCCCUGUGAUCUUUUGCAGCCAAUAGGGAUUUAAUAAGAACUAAUCCUGCCGUAAAGAACACCGUUUCUAGCUAUCGUUUUUGUGACGUUGGAUCCCACUGGAUUGUAAAGGUUUUUCUAAACACUUUUUUCCUGAUUCCACUUUUUUUCAGAUUUGAUGAUCUCUGUAAACCUUUCUAGUCUGAAGAAGUGUCAUUCUAUCCUCAAAAAAAACAAAAAAAAACCCAGAUCUAAUCCAAUUGAUAUCUUAUUAUAAUGAGAGAAAAAAAUAUAUAUCAAACCAAGAUGUACUAAUGUUGUUAUACAUUUUUUUAUUUUGUAUUUUUUUUUUUUUUCAUUUUGUUAACCCAUAGUUUAGAUUUUGUUUGUUGUUCUGCAUCCUUUUGUUCUAACUGGAUUCAGAUUUAGCUACAGUCUCCAGCGGCUGCCACUGCUCGCCGUGUACUUUCACCUCUGUAAGGAUUCUGAUUGGUUGAUAGAAGGCUGAGGUUCUGGAGCAUGCAUCUCGUGAACAGCGCUAGAGCAGAAGAGGAGGCGUUGUUGUUGCUCAGAGUCGACCUCUUCCUGCCUGAUGAGCAUCUGCAUAAAGGGAUCAUCGCGGCUACACUGAUAGUUCUUCUCUUAUGGGAAAGGCUGAUGACUGGCGUGUGUUGUAAUGCAACACUGUGUCGGCCCCUUUCACCCUGAUUAUUCUGCAUCCUCAUACCUAAUGCUAAUCUGCGCUCCCUUUGUUGCGUUCCCACUCACACCUAUGCCCAUGCAACUUGUCUUUCCCCAUACAAGCAAACGUUUUCAGUAGCCAGGUGGUUUUGCCAUAACUGUUGUUGUAUUUUGAGAUGUUUUUUUUUUUGGUCAUUUAAUGUCUUUGUUACUUCUCAGUUUUUGAGAUUUGAUUAAGAUGGUUUGUAUUGCUUAGGAGGAAACGUGAAAUGACAAACGAGGCAGUUCUUCUAGUCUGAAUGUGCUGUUUUGUUGAGUAUAUGGAGCAAUAUCAUUUUUUUUUGAGGUUAUAUUGUUUUUUUUUAAAGCAUAUUUUGGCAUUUUGUUUUUAACACAUUUGUUUGUUUUUCUGCAUAUGGUUAAGGUUUUCUGCUAACUGAUGUUGAAUAUGUUAAAUCUGAUUGGUAGCUACUUCUUGUUUUCAGUAUAACUAGGUUUUAGUUCAGUUUUGACCUAGUCUGGUGGCUCUUAAUAGCUCUUUAAAAAAAAGUCCUUUUUUGAUCUGCUUUUUUUCUUUUAUCUAUUAACUCAUCUCGUCUUUAUGUAAAGCUGAGCGCAGUUUCAAACAUGCAAACGAAGAAAAAAAGAAAAUGAAAAAAAAAAUAGAGGAAUUAGCUCUGGACUACUGCAGUGAAAUAGAGAACCAUGGCUACCUCAGUUAAGUUAUUUUGAUGCUGGUGAUGAACAGCACGUUUACUCAAUACACAACAGUAUUUGUCAACAUCUGUAACCAUCUCUGCAGCCCUCAUCGUUUAAGGCCAGGUGCUGAGCGUGGCCGGUGGCAGAUGCAGUAAUCCAUGCUUUCUCUCGGUUUUGGUUCUUGUUUAUUUUUUUUUUUCCCUCUUUUUUAUUAUUAUUAUCUGUUUUGCAAUUGAGCCGUAUUUUUAUUUUCUUUUUGAAUUCAAUUGAAUUUUUUGUGUUGCAUAUUUUCUGUAUUUCUUUACAUUUUCUGUUUUUCUUCUUAUGUUGUUUGUUGCUUUCUGUAUGUUUGUAGCAUCUUAUUAUUAUUUCUCGUCUUUUCGUUUAGUUUCGUUUAGUGACGGCAGCCAUAUUUUUGUCCACUUCACUACAGUUUCCUUUAUUUUCUUUCACUCCAGAAAGAUUUUUUUUUCCUCACACAGAUACACUUUUUUAUUUAUUAACUAUUAUCAUUACUAUUAACCUGUGUCCUCAGCUAUGGGUUUGUGCACAGCUGGUUUAAAGGAGACAAAUUGGAAAUAUGUUACACUUUUCAAGCUUUUUUUUUUUUUUUUUUUUUUUUUUUUUGAGUCUGAGCUGGAGCUGGAGUCGUGAUGUAGCACAUUUUUGUAGCAGGUUUGUGCAGGUGGAGCGAACAGGGGUUUACUGGUCUCAGGUCUCUGCUACAUUAAUGACCUAUUUAUUCCAUUUCAAUGAUGAUGAUGAUGAUGGUGGUGCUUUUAAGGAUGUUUGACGAGUCUGGAAGCUGGAAGCUAGUGUGAUACGCGUUUGCUCAUCUCUUGCCCCCUUUAGCAGAACAUGACAGGCCUGUUCGGUGUGGUGCUCUAGUUACUACUGUGAUGCUGAACACUGGUGCUGAAAUCCUGACCUGUUAGUGAACUGAUCUCACACAUUCUUUGUCUAUGUACUAAAAAGAAAAGUCCAGUUUUCUCCAUGUUCAAUCAAAAAUAGUGAAUAGACUAUAUACUCUGUGCAUCUUUGACACACCUGCUGUGGUGCUGUGCGGUUGAGUCCCUUACUUGAAACCAUAUCUCUCGACCUGCAGUGUGUGUUAAAUGAAUUUUAAAUUGCUUAAAACAUUUAAAAUGGUCAUUUAAAAAAUAUACGAACAAAAGAAAAUACAAUUAGCAAAAGGAAAAUAAAUACUGAUUUGUUAAAACAAUAAUAGAUCUAAAAAAAAAAAAAAAAAACGUUCACGGCAGCAUUAAUAACAAGAAUAAAAAUUUAAAUCAUCUGGUCAUGACACUCAAAUCUUCUCAACCCUCUUAACCUUGGUUUUGGAAUAUGAUUACUGUUUCAGACUUAAAAAAAAUAAUAAAAUACAUUAAAACAACAGUCAUGAGUUCAAACCCCUAUUGCAUUGUGUACACAUUAAAUAGCAUUAAAGCCCCAGUCAAUACAGAACCCAACUGGAACUCUUUCAGCUUUCACCAUGUAUGUUUUAAAUGUAUUUGUACCCGAGGCUGUAAAUAAAUCCAGGCCUCUAGACGUUUUCUUGGGCGUGCUCUUGCUCGUGUAGUAUUGUUGUUGGUAAUAAAUGAUUGGGGGUCUGAUUGGGGCUUUAAUGAAGUAUUACUGAACUAAACUCAGAGACUGUAACCUCUGUCUGAGCUCCAUUCCACCUGUCCUCACAGAUUAAAAGUCAGAGUGGUUAAUUAAACGUCCGGUCAGCAGGCUUGAGAGGUUAAUCCAAUAUGCAGAUCAGUUUUCUUUCUCUCUUUUCUUUUUUUUUUUUUUUCACUAAUGUAUUGCAUCUAAUCUGUAGUCUGUUCUUUAUUUAUUGAUGGCAUACGUUUUCGGAGGGAUUUGUAUUUCUGUUGUUGCCAGGGUCUUCACCCCGUUUUAUCUUACGAGGCUAAGUUGGAAUAUAGUUAAUAUCCUGCCCCUUUUCUCAAGCGUUCUUUUAGUGAAAAGUCCUGUUUGAAAUGAUACAUUUACUGUAAUUUCUCAAAUAAACUGCUGUGAUUAUACUUGAAUAAAAGGUUCAAAUUGUG